AUGUCCAUAUGCUACAGAGAAGAACUGGUUGAUGCAAUAGGUGGUGGUGGUGGUGGCGGCGGUGGUGGUUGUCGACAGUCGCUGUUUCACAGACUGCAGGAUGCCCAGAAGCUGCUCGUUAGGUUUUCCAAGCUCACAGAUUUGAACUCUGCCCCACCUUCCCUAGACAGCUACACAUCUACAACUACAGCGACAAACGUACAGCUGCACAUCUGCAGAGACAGCUGCACAUCUACAACUACAGCGACACAUGUACAUAGACAGCUACACAUCUACAACUACAGCGACAAACGUACAGCUGCACAUCUACAGAGAACACAGAGACAGCUGCACACCUACAGAGACAACUACACAUCUACAACUACAGCGACAAACGUACAGCUGCACAUCUACAGAGACAACUACACACAGAGACAGCUGCACAUCUACAGAGACAACUACACACAGAGACAGCUGCACAUCUACAGAGACAACUACACACAGAGCCAGCUGCACAUCUACAGAGACAACUACACACAGAGCCAGCUGCACAUCUACAGAGACAGCUACACAUCUACAACUACAGCGACAAACGUACAUCUACAGAGACAGCUACACAUCUACAACUACAGCGACAAACGUACAGCUGCACAUCUACAGAGACAAUUACACACAGAGACAGCUGCACACCUACAGAGACAACUACACAUCUACAACUACACACCUACAGCUACACACCUACAGCUACACCUUCACCUCUAG